GGACAUUUCUUGACAGACAAGCGACAGAAACGGACAGAACCAAUCAGAUACACGCAUUUACAGCUCAAACAGAGCUCAGUGAGUGACGCGUUGAGGGUAAGUUUUGACUUUAAGCGUCCUUAGCUACCUUUAUAUCUGAGUCUGCUGAUAAGACUCAUGAACACAGAUCUUUACAUGUGGAAACUUCUUAAAAGCAAGUGACAGUGAAGCACAUCAUAGUGCAGUGCUUUAGCUCCUUGACCACAAUUUCCGGCUCUAACUUUGAAAAGCAUCAGUUUAGCCGGACAUUUCCAAGAGGAAGAAGAUGAGGAAGGAGCCAGACACCAUGAAUUCGAGCCAUGACAACAGCCUGAGCUGUAGUACAGAAGAGUAGCACUGAGAGUAGCAAGCAAGAGCAUUGUUUGCUAAUGGACCACAGAUGACACGUGUGAAGGCUCCGACACAAGAGAAAGGAACUUGAGAGAGAUACAGCACAGCAGGGCAAAGACACAUUUCUGAGAAGGAUGAGACCGUCUUUAACCCUAGGGUUUGCUCUGACCUUUUCAAGCUGAGAGAGCAGACAGGUAAACGGAUCCUUCUUCAGACUGUGGAUGGACAGGUGAGGAUGCUGCCUGUAAAUGCAUUCUCUCCCCUGGCAUUAUACUGAGUGGCAUCCAUGAGUGCAUCAUUCGGUAGGUUUGGGUAUUCUUCUUCAGUACCCAGUUUACGCUCUCUGCCCAUUCACGUUUACACAGACUGCUACAGGACAAAGCAGUCCGGCAGGGACGUAGGGCUCAUUGUUAUUGGAAAAAAGCUUCUCCGUGAACCAAACAAAAACAGUUGUUCAGACCCUGUCCAACUCACCAGAAGUGCUAACAGAGGCCUAUCGAAUGACCAAAGUGGCUCAGUGUGUUCUCAGAGCUGCACUGGAGACUGUAGCCCAAUGAGCCUUCUCACAACAUGUUCACGUAGCGCUGGCUAUGCCACAGGCUUCUCCACCGAACACAGCUCUAUCUACUCCUGGAGACACGAUGAGUUCGACCGCGAGAAUACUCAGCAUGUACGACAGCUCUUUAGUGCCCUGGAUGAACUGCUGUAUGAAGGUAAAGUGUGCAGUAAAUCAGAGUCUCUGCGCAAGGAGUGUGAGGAGUGGAACACACACUCCCCUCACCUCAGGAUUUUAGGCAAACAGUUGGAGCCUCCAAAGCAAGAAGGAAUUCAGUAUGUGCACUGGAGACCCACUAGCACUAGGAUGGCAGUGUCUCCUCCAUACCUGGAUACAAGACACAACCACAGCGAGCUUUGUGUGGAGGGCCACAGUCUCGCUCCAGGAUCCUGGGCUGACUGCUCCGGGUUGACUAAUUCUGAACUAUCAUGCUCUCUAAUGCCACAAGAAGAGGAGAUCUACGAGUUAGAGGGCAGGAUAGAGGAGUUUCUAGCUUAUGAUAGGAGAGAAACGGACAACGAGGGAAUGGAUCAUAAGAUGACAUCAGCUGUUACCUCCUGGGAUGGUGUACCGCGUCUGUCCCCCAACGCCUGCAUCCGUGAUGCGGUGGGUGACGAGCUGUUUGAUGACGUAUGGCGGGAGGUAGUGAGCUUCCUGGAAGAGCUGUUACGCAAACACUGGGCGAAGCAACAUUCUGGCACAACAAAGAGAUGGACACUGGAGAGCUCAAGUCAAAUUUUUUGUGAACCUUCGUCACAUCUUCCUUCAAGAGGAAGUCACAUUUCUCAUAGCAAAGGCCCUAAUAGCAGGAGCAUGUUACUAUGGCCAACCACCUAUAAUGGGCAGGACUCAAAUGUCUUUAAGUCCAAUUUGAACGGUGUUAUGACAAUCCAAGCAAAGCCUUUGCAGCAGAGACAGCAAGGAUUUGGCGAAAGGUCAUUGUGUGACUCAGACGAAGGAAGCACCAUACUAACCAUGCUAAAGGCCCCAAGUGGAAUAAGCACACACUCUCACAAACCCUCUGGCCAGCGGAUUCUCCCCAGGAUCAGCGGCAGAGCUCUUCUGCGUCACAAUUUCCAAGGGCAAAGCUCGCUGCGAGGAACUAGACUAUCCACAGUCACUGAGGACCUGCUCUCGCCACCUGUGAGUGCAGUUCAGAACCACAGACUUCCUCUCAUCCAUUCUUCUGACUCUGUAGAGCAAGAUAAUAUUCCUGCUCUGAGACAUACACAGCUCAGGGGUCGGAUCAUAAGAGGUGGUGCAGUGCACCCAGUGUCCAGCCUUCCACCACUGAAAGAGCCUACUCUACUGCUGGAGUCCCUAUCUCGCCCCAACACCAAUCAUACGUUCAGAUCGGACACACCCAUGAAAAGCUCUUACACAGCCAUGGAUUUUGCCUUUAGUAUGAGGACAGGCAGAAACCUUUUCACUGGGAACUUUUCCAAAACAGGUGAAGGAACACCUAUGGGUGUAACAGGCUUCAGCAUGGGCAUCACUUCUUCUACAGCAAACAGUUUUUCUGACUGUGUUGCAACACCAAAGAGACGCACACAUCUUCCGUUUGCUUCUGAUGGGGACGGGGGGAAAAUUACUGUCCUUGGAUCAAUAGGUGCGCGGAAGGCACUGAGUCGGUUUCCGAUACAUGGGAAGAAGAAGUUUCAUGUGGUAAUGCCACAACCCAGUUAAAGACUGUUUACCCUGCUGAAGGACACGGCAAAGAGUGCAUCUCAUCAAUGGCUGACCGUGUGGAAGAACAAAAUACUUUGGUGCUUUACAGUGUAUAUUUUACUUGCACUAACAGAGCAUGUUGUUACAUGGCCACUUGCACUGUAAUUUUAUAAAAAAUAGGAAAUACACAGAUAUUAGAAAUUAUGCUGACAAAAUUUCAAAUUAACAUAUGGGUUAUCGUUUAUGUUUUCAAUUAUUUUGUAUAAGGAAUUACAUGCCUGUGUUAAAUGCCAAAUCAAUGUAUACAUGAAAAUUAAUGUAUGAUAUUAAUGUAUGAUAUUUAGUGCAAUAAAUAUAUUUUUAUUGUA